GACCAUUAGUUAUGUUAUGUUUUAUCUUGGAGAAUUUGGCACACAACUACUUACCACAAGCAGACAUAGCUCAGAGCGCCGAUGAGCCGAGCUGUAAAGGGAUUCAUGUUAACGUAGUUAAAAUUAGGUUUUCAAGCGUAAAGACAACAUCUUUAUUCUGAAGAAAUACCGGAAGUCUUGUUCCUGGUUAUCCUGUUCAUUUUACAUUGGAGGCAGUAACGUUAGUAAACAUGGACGAGUUCCAUACAGAAGAUGAGACUGGAUUCGUCGUUGAAGAAGUGAGCAAAAUAAUUAAAGAGUCAGUAGAAGCAGCAAUAGGAGGAAAUGCCUACCAGCACAGCAGAGUGAACCAGUGGACCGCCAGCGUAGUGGAGCAGUGCCUCAGUCAACUCAGCAAGCUAGGGAAGUCUUUCAAAUAUAUUGUAACCUGUAUCAUCAUGCAGAAAAAUGGAGCAGGUCUGCAAACAGCCAGCGCAUGCUUCUGGGAAAACUCUACUGAUGGAAGUUGUGCAGUGAGAUGGGAGAACAAGUCCAUGUACUGUAUCGUCAAUGUUUUUGGGCUGGGCAUCUGAAUCAACUACUUGUACCUGAAGUGUUUGAAAUGUAUACUAUUAUUAUUACAUAUUUGAGAACCAGUAUGUUAUGAUAGCUAUAUAUUAAAUAAACUGUUUUUUUUU